CGGAGGCCAUUUGGGCUGAGGAUUUUAAUCUUUUCUUUGCGCCUCUUACCUAUCUUUCCUUCGGGAGUUUCUGACGUUCCCGGGCUGGGCUGUUUGAGCGGCUCGUGGCCUGGUUUCCCCUCCUUCACACAGGCCGUCCUCCGACGCCGCACAUCAUCGCGAGCUUCUUUCCCCACACAAGAUGAAGCUGGAUGUCAAGAGACAGCUGUUCGCCCGCUCCGAGCGGGUGAAGGGCAUUGACUUCCACCCAACGGAGCCAUGGAUUCUUACCACACUAUACAGCGGUCACGUUUACAUCUGGUCCUAUGAAACUCAAUCUAUAAUCAAAACCUUCGAGCUCACUGAUGUUCCUGUAAGAGCCGGUCGGUUUAUUGCCCGCAAGAACUGGAUUGUUUGCGGUUCCGAUGACUUCCAACUUCGCGUUUAUAACUACAACACCUCCGAGAAGAUUGCUUCGUUCGAGGCUCAUCCGGAUUACAUUCGCUCAAUCGCGGUGCACCCCACGCAACCCUUCGUUCUGACCGCGUCGGACGAUAUGACUAUCAAGCUGUGGGACUGGGAGAAAGGCUGGAAGUGUGUUCAGGUCUACGAGGGUCACGGCCACUAUGUGAUGGGCCUUGCAAUCAACCCUAAGGAUACCAACACUUUUGCAUCGGCGUGUUUGGACAGGACCGUUAAAAUCUGGAGCCUUGGCUCGCCACAUGCCAACUUUACCCUGGAGGCUCAUGAAACCAAGGGUGUGAACCAUGUUGAUUAUUACCCGCAGGCGGACAAACCAUAUCUUCUCACCACUUCCGAUGACCGGACCGUCAAGGUCUGGGACUACACCACGAAAGCGCUCAUUGCGACUCUGGAAGGCCACACAAGCAACGUUUCUUUCGCCUGUUACCAUCCGGAACUACCUGUGAUCAUCUCUGGUUCUGAAGACGGAACUAUCAAGAUUUGGCAUGCGAACACAUACAGACUUGAGCAAUCAUUGAGCUAUGGCCUUGAGAGAGCAUGGUGUGUCUCCUACCAGCGCGGCCGGCAGGGAGUUGCGAUUGGUUUUGAUGAUGGUGCCGUAGUAGUCAAGAUGGGUCGGGAAGAGCCAGCUGUGUCCAUGGACGGUUCUGGAAAGAUUAUCUGGGCUAGACACAAUGAGGUUGUCUCUACUGUGAUCAAGGGCGGUGAUGCUAGUAUUAAGGACGGUGCGCCACUUUCUCUGCCCACGAAAGAGUUGGGAUCAUGUGAAGUAUACCCUCAGACCCUCUCACACUCCCCCAACGGACGGUUUGUCUCAGUCUGUGGUGAUGGCGAGUACAUCAUCUAUACUGCUCUUGCUUGGCGUAACAAGGCCUUUGGUCAAGCCUUGGACUUUGCCUGGGGUUCGAAGGACAACAGCAAUGAUUAUGCCAUUCGCGAGUCGACCACCAGUGUUAAGAUCUUCAAGAACUUCAAGGAAGUCAGCGGCGGACUUGAUGUAGGCUUCCAAGCUGAAGGCCUAACGGAUGGUGUGUUGCUGGGUGUUAAGGGCCAGGGCGGAAUUGGUAUGUUCGACUGGGAGACUGGGAACUUGGUUCGCCGCAUUGAAGUUGAUCCCAAGGCUGUUUACUGGUCUGAGUCGGGAGAGCUGGUGACUCUUGCUUGUGAAGAUUCCUUCUAUGUCCUCCGAUACUCCCGGGAAAAUUACAUCAAUGGCUUGAAUGCCGGUGAAGCCGACGAGGAUGGUGUGGAGGCCGCUUUCGAGGUUGUGACCGAUGUCAACGAGUCUGUCCGCACCGGCCAGUGGGUUGGAGAUUGUUUCAUCUACACGAACUCGACGAAUCGUCUCAAUUACUUGGUUGGCGACCAGACGUACACCAUCUCCCAUUUCGAUCAGGGUAUGUACGUCCUGGGCUACCUGCCCCGUGAUGGUCGCGUCUACCUUGCCGACAAGGAUGUCAAUGUCGUGUCAUUCGGCCUGUCUCUCAGCAUGGUCGAGUACCAGACUGUGGUGUUGCGCGGCGAUUUGGAAACGGCCGCGGAGCUGCUCCAGGACGUUCCCCAAGAUCAGAUGAACAAAGUGGCUCGUUUCCUGGAAGGCCAAGGGUACAAGGAAAUGGCACUCGAAGUCGCAACCGACCCAGAGCAUCGUUUCGAACUGGCCCUUGCCCUCAACAAUCUCGAGAUCGCCCUCGAGAUUGCCCGCGAAGCCAACAUCGAGCACAAGUGGAAGACGGUGGGUGACGCCGCUCUCGCUGACUGGAACCUUGCGCUGGCUCAGGAGUGCUUCACCAAUGCCAAGGACGUCGGCUCCCUUCUCCUUCUGCACACCGCCAGCGGCAACAAGGACGGUCUCCGGCAGCUGGCCGCCCAAGCUUCGGAAGCCGGGCUGCACAAUGUUGCCUUCUCCACUUUCUGGUCCCUCGGCGACGUCGAUGGCUGCAUCGACCUCCUGGUGCGGACGAACCGUCUAGCCGAAACCGUCCUUUUCGCCCAGACCUACAAGCCCUCGAGAGCCCCCGAACUCGUCGCCCAAUGGAAGACCUCCCUCGAGUCUAAUGGAAAGACCAAGAUCGCCCGCCUCAUCGGUAUCCCUCCGGGCACGCCCGACGCCGCCGCAGAUGAUGACCUCUUUCCCGAGUGGGAUGAGUACAUCCGCCUCGAAUCCGAGGGCGGCGCCGCUGCCGUCCCCGAACCCCCAUCCUCGGAGUCCUUGAUUGACGUUCACGGAGACGAUGAGACCGCAGACAACGGUGCCCCCGAGGUACAACCUGAGGCGGCUGCAGAAGCUACCGCAGAGGACGAAGCCAAGGAGGAGGAGGAGGAGGAGGAGGAGGAGGAUGAGGAGGAUGAGGAGGAGAAAUCCGAGUAA